AGAAGAAGGAAGGAAGGAGGAGGAAAAGAAUAAGGAGGAAAAUGUGGAGAACGAAGAGGAAGAGGAAGAGGAGAAGGAGAAGGAGAAGGAAGUGAAGAAGAAGAAGAUGUCUCCUCUAUGCCUAGAUGCUGCUCAAAAUUUACGUAGAAGAAGGGAUAAGUUGGAGGAGGGAGGAGAGAGGAGGAAGAAGAAGACGUUGGAGGAAGGGGAAGAGGAGGAGGAGGAGGAAAAGCAAAAGGAAGAAAGAAAACGAGGAAGAGAAAGAGGAGGACAAAGAAGCAGAAGAACGAAUAAGAAGGCGGAGGAGGAGGACGAAAAUGAGACAUUAACACACCUACAACUAGAAGUACCCAAGGCAUAUGCACGGAUGGUAAAAUUGAACGCAAUGCCGCAACCUUUGAGGACCUUUUUCUGGCAACCUAUAGGAAAAUCUUCUUUUGAAUCCACAGUCGUACUCAAAUCCUGA